CAAAUCCGUCACACUUUAGUUUUGUCUUGUCCUCGGUUACUCCUGGUUUCAUUUGAGCUCAGACAGACAACAACCUGAACCUGUUGAUCCUUUGUGUUUAUAGAGGUUAAAAAUCCUACCAACAAUGAAUACCAUGUGGAAAGCGGUAAUUGGUCUCAGUGCCUUGAUUGUGGCGGCAAACUGCCUGGACUGCCGUCAGUGCUCCAUUGGUGUGUUUGGAAGCUGCUUCUUUGGGAGUGACGUCAAAUGUGAUAACGCAACAGCGAGCUGUUACACUGGGGAAGCACAGUUCAAUGCUACAAAGGUGGUGUCCCUGCACACCAGGGGUUGCCUGGACUCAGACCUGUGCAACGUGACACUGACUGGAUCCCUCAUUGGCGCGUCUUACACCAGCACCUUCAAAUGCUGCACCACAGACCUGUGCAACGCCGGCACGUCUGCCCAGCUGUCUCUGACUGUGGCUCUCUUUACUGCCGCCCUGUCCACACUGCGGAGCUUCUGGGAGUUGUAGUCAGACCGUUAUAAUCACUGCUCCAACCUGAUUUUUCUGAUUAUGUUAACCGUGCAAUACACAAAUGAUUCCUUUAUGUGAAGCUUACAGGUUCAUUUACUUCUGUAAAAACCAAUAAAAGCUCUGAAAUUAA